AUGGCAAUCGCUCUACAGAAAGUCAAGGCAUACCUCGGAGCAGACAGCCACUUCCGUCAUCUGGUCUUGACGUCCUGCUCAGCUAUUCUAAUGUGUCCAGCGAUGGCAACCUCUGGCUCCAUACUACCGAGAACAGCACAGCAUCGCUGGAUGGCUAUCAAGCGAAUCAAGUGA